AUGUCCCACCUGAGUGUCAUCCACCUCUCUCUGGAUGUCCCUGUUCAUGGCGUUUGUGUGCUGGGCACCAGCCUCGUUGUGGACAUCAGUGGGUGCGCCCCAAAGGACUGUACAUCCUUCACAAUCACCUGCUCCCCAAGGGUCCUGGUGGCCCUGAAAAGCAAGGUGACCAGCGGGAAGGACAAAGCCACGGUCUGGCACUCGCUGGCCGAGCCUGUGUGCGCACUCGUGAAGAUGGUGCUUCCCAGCUCGGAUGUGGACGAGGACAAGGUGCUGGUCUCCUACUACCGUGCCAAUGAGGAGGUCCCUUUGGUCACAGCGGUGCUCUACCUCACUGGUAUUGAGGUCUCCCUGCAGACAGAUGUCUACCGUGACGGGCAUGAGAUGCCAGUCAACAAGCAGACUAAGGAGACGUGGGUCUGGGGCCCCGCUGGCUGGGGGGCCAUCCUUCUUGUGAACUCCAGCCCUGCUGACGUGAACCCGGACACCCAGAUGGUGGUGUCAGAAGAUAUCAAGGAGCUGACCCAGAUGACACUGAGCAUCCAAGGCCCCACCUGCAUCUUGAAGAACUACCGGCUGGUCUUCCACACCUCCGAGGAAGAGGCCAAGAAGGCCCGAGUCUUCUGGCCACACGGAGAUGCCUCCGGUACCUUCCAGCUGUUGCUAGGCCCAGACCGUAACUCCUACAUCUUUAACCCCCUGGUGAAACUCGGGAAGGAGACCAUCUACGUAGAAGCAAUAGAGUUCCCUUCUGCCAACUUCUCAGGCCUCAUCUCCUUCUCCGUCUCUCUGAUUGAAGAUCCUCCAAUCUCAUCAAUUCCAGAGAUCCCGGUGUACAAAGACACGGUAGUGUUCCGGGUGGCUCCUUGCAUCUUCACCCCUAGCACCCAGAUGCCCCUAGAGGUGUACCUGUACAGAGACGUGAAGGUCCAGGGCUUUGUGGAUGCCGUGGUGGCACUGAGUGAGAAGACUGACAGCCAGAUGGCAUCUGUCUACGAGGACUCCAACCGCUCGGGCAAGUGGCUCCAGGACGAGAUGGCCUUCUGCUACACGGAGAUGCCCCACAAGAUGUCAUCCUUUGUCCUUGACACCCCUCGGGCUAUUGCACUUGACGAUUUCCCCAUGAAAUAUGCACUGACCCCUGGUAUUGGCUACUACGUGACCCAAGACACCAAGGACCACUCGGUGGCCAGCCUGGACACUAUCGGGAACCUGAUGGUGUCCCCACCUGUCAAGGCCCAGGGGAAAGAUUACCCACUGGGCAGAGUCCUCUUUGGCAGCAGCUUCUACCCCAGCAUCGAUGGCCGGGACAUGAGCAAAAGCCUCCGCGACUUCCUUUACGCGCAGCAGGUGCAGGCACCCGUGGAGCUCUUCUCAGACUGGCUGAUGACCGGCCGCUUGGAAGAGUUCAUGUGCUUUGUCCCGGUGGAAAACCAAAGUGGGGACGCAAAGGACUUCCGGCUGCUCCUAGCCAGCCCCUGCGCCUGCUACAGUCUGCUCCGUGAGAAGCAGGAGGAGGGUUACGGGGACGCGACUCUAUUUGAGGGUGUCAGCCCUGACCUGCUGCAUGCUAACGGAAGGGAGGCCAAAACUAUCAAUCAAUUUCUUUCUGACAAAAGCUUGAAAAAUCAAAACGACUAUGCAGAGAAAUGCAUUCAUCUGAACCGUGCCAUCUUGAAGGAGAAGCUGGGCCUGCAGGAUGAGGACAUCAUCGAUGUCCCCCAGCUGUUCUGCUUGGAGAAGCUGACCAAUGUGCCCUCUGACCAGCAGCCCCACAGGCUCUUCGCUAGGCCCUACUUCCCUGACAUGCUGCGAAUGAUGGUGAUGGGCAAGGAGCUGGGGAUUCCCAAGCCCUUUGGGCCGCAAAUCAAGGGCACGUGUUGCCUGGAAGAAAAGAUCUGCCACUUACUGGAGCCCCUGGGCCUCAAGUGCACCUUCAUUGAUGACUUUGACUGCUACAUGACGGAUGUCGGGGAUGCUUGUGCUUGUACCAACAUCCGCCGGGUGCCCUUAGCCUUCAAGUGGUGGAAGAUGGUGCCUUAG